AAAAUAAAAUCUAGACGCCAAUUUGGAUCAUUCAAAAAAUUGUCAAUUUUCAGACAACGUCAAAAAAUCCUUUGAAAAAACUUGUGGCAAAGGUUCAAAAUUUCAAGCAAAAAUUAAAGAGUAAUGGUCACAUAAUAUGGAUGAAGAUGUAUGUUGUUGCGAUCAGUCAAGCAAUGCAUCGGAACCGAACUUGGAAGAACGCAUCUCAGUGCUAGAAUCAAUUCUAGCUGCAAGAUCGUGCCACAACGGUGAAAGUCAGCAGCAAGAUGCGAUUUUCGACAGCAAUACCAACCCCGUGAAAACCAGCUAUUCGGAAUGUUCGUGCGACAUCGUCGAACCAACGAACGAGUACCGCACGGUCCCAAAAGUGUUUUCUUUUAACGAUGAAUGUCCCGAACGUGAUGUCCCGACCAAGCCGCAGCCGCAAUGUCCCAGGUCCCAGUCCACUCCACCGUUGUGCAGCUUUUUAAAUAAGUUAAUGGACAACGCCAAGUCCAUGUUGUCGAGAAAGUCCAGUAUAAAAAGCGAUGUUGAUUGCCAAUGCGAAAAUGAAAAUGAACAGCCUAAUAAGAAGAGAAUUGAAACGCAGUUUGCUAAUGCUUCGUUUCAGGAGUCUUCUGGAGACAAAGGUCCACUUGAUUUACCGAAUCUGAUGUGCAGUUGUUCUAUGUGCCUGGCAUACGCUAGCCCGUCGCAAGAUUGCGGACCGGAUCAAGACACCACUGUUGAAAGCGGCAACGAAAGUUGCUAUAACCAACCGAACGUUUUCAAAGAUCAGGAGAACGAUUGUUCGAGCGAGUCGGAAAUGUCUUGCGACGAAAGAUGCAGUUCCGGCGAUGUGGGGAGCAAAAGAAGUUUGAAGGAAAAACUGUUCGCUAUUUGCGGACAAAUGAAACCUGGUGGUGAUGCCCAAUGUCCUCCGGAGUGUACAAAUGAUAUAGAGGAAAAGUGUGACGACAAAGCUUUAAAUUCCAAGAAAAAAUGUAGCCCUACGUAUUGUAAGGAUAAGUCAUCAAGAAAUGUAGUUAAUGAUUGUCCACCUGAAAGAAAAUGUGAUGAAAAAAACAUAAAUUCCAAUAAAUGUAGUGGUAUUAAUUGUAAAAAAAAAUCAUCAAGAAAAUCAAUGGAUGAAAGAAAAUUUAGUGACAAAAAUAUAAACUCGAAUAGAUGUAGUACUAUUAAUUGUAAAGAAAAUUCAUCAAGAAAAUCAAUGGAUGAAAGAAAAUUUAGUGACAAAAAUAUAAACACGAAUAAAUGUAGUGCUAUAAAUUGUAAAGAAAAUUCAUCAAGAAAAUCAAUGGAUGAAAGAAAAUUAAGUGACAAAAAUAUAAACUCGAAUAAAUGUAGUGCUAUUAAAUGUAAGGAAAAUUCGUCAAGAAAAUCAAUUGAUGAUUGUCCACCUACAAAAAAAUGCGGUUGCAAAUCAUCAAGUGGUGGUUUAAAAAUGAGUUCUUCAGUUAGUGUAGGAACUGUGGAAAAUUUGUGUAAAGAAAUCCAGGUUGCUGAAUCGACAUCAACGGGAAUGUGUACUGAUCGAUCUUCAGAGUCUACGGUUUGUCGUAACAAUUCUUCUUGCCAGUGUAAAAAAAUCAAAGCCAUUAGUUUUGUAACGGAAACAUGCGAUGAUGACGCUACUCCUGAAAGUUUAAAGUUGAGGAGUUCAUCUUCCAGAUGUAAAUGUAAAAGUAAAAAUAAUCCUUCGACAAAUGCAAACUUAUCCAGUUUUCCUUCAUCGAGCGAUCCCUCAUCGAUGAGACCUAGCUAUGACUCUACUGACAAUCCGUGCCCUAGUGAUGAAGAUUCAGUUUCAUCAAAGAAAAAAUGCGCCAAACAAAAAAUUUUCAAAGAGAAUGUGUAUUCGUUUAAAACUAAAAAUCCAGAAAAAUCUGGACGAUGUUCAGUAAAAACAACCAAAGAGCAAGUUAAAAAUAAAUGUCUACCAUUGCCUGCUCCUGAACCAAAAAGGACUUGUUCAGCCAGAAAAAUACAGAAAAAUAAACCAGAGUGUCCAAACGAGAAUUGUCCGAAUAAAAAAGUGUUUCAAGAGAUACCAGGUGGUGGAACUGUUGUUUCUAAAAAUUGUGCGAAUCCUAUGUGCCCCACAAAAGAACAAAAUAAAAAGAGCUCAGCUAGAGGUUAUUCAUUCCUAAGAGGCAAUGAGUCUCCAAGCUCCCAAACCUGCACCAUACCCGAUUGCCCAAACAAACCCAAAGAAGAAGAAACCGAUGACUGCGACAUAGACCUCGUGCAAAGCAAACAAAAAAACUUGCAGAACCAAAUGGCCAACUUGCAGCAAAAAAAUGCGAAUUACUGCGACGAUAUGAGCAAUUUUCAACAAAUGGUGGAAAGUUGCACGUGUGCUGGCGGUAAAGGCCAAAUCAGCAUCGAAAAACUCAGCAAGGACCUAAAAAUGGAGAAUUUGCUGCUCAGAAACGAGCUUGAAGAUUUAAGGUUGGAAUUAAAACAGGCUAUGGAGACAGUCCAAGGACCAAUGCAACAUAAGCUGCUUAAAGAACAGUGUAGGUACUUAAAGUUGGAGGAAGAAUUGGAGAAAACCAAGGAGUGUAUGAAGACUAAGGAGAAAACUAAGGAGAAGGAGAUCGUCGAGCUGAAAAUGGAGCUGUGCACUUGCUCGGGUAACGUCGAUGAGUUAAACGACGUCAAUAAAAAGCUUCAAGAGGAGCUAUGUUCCUUGAAUGCCAUGUGUGAGCAAUUGGAGGACGAUUUAGUCAAACAAAAAAUGCUUGAAGCUGAGACAAUUCAAAUAAUGGCAAAGAAACAACAAAAAGGCAGUAGUGCCGAAGCUUGCAGAUGCAUAACGAGCGAUGAAUUCAUUUGCGAAGAAAACCUCCACGUAAUAGCGAGAAAGUUGAGCGAAACCAUCAAACUAAGCGAACCAUGCGCGGAUUGCGCCAACAUACCGCCGGAGAUAACGGGGGCUUGCAAGUACAUCAAAGACUUGACCGACUUGGUGGACCAACAAGUUAUGCAGAGGAAGGAGAAGAAGAAGAAAUCCGGGCGUAACAAAUGCAAGUGCGAGAAAUCGAAGAAACCGAAGAAAGGAAGAAAGAGUAGGUCGAAGAACCAGGCUUGUCAGUGCGUCGGCGUCGAGGAUAACGCCACCCAAAUGCUGGGCACGCAGGAUUGUGGCGCUGGUGAUAGUUACAGUAAGAAACCAAAUGUUAAGGAUGAUGACUGCACUUGUGCUGAUGUUGUAAAGGAGUUUGAAGCGGCCAAGCGGGAAGGAAGGCCGUUUAAACACGAAACCAAUUGCGCCUGCGGCCAGGAGCAAGAAGUUAGGAGUGUAUUACCGGAUCCAUGUGAUAAGGUAGGAAAAUCAUGCGACGAUGCCACUUGCGAUAAAAUAAAAAAGCCCAAAAAAAGUGAUGGCGAACCCAAAAAAAAAAGACGAGAGAGUGAUUGUCAAGAUGUCGGUGUUAAUGUUGUGGAAACGGUACCUUUGAUUAUAAGGGAAGAACCACCUAAGACCCGAGAUCAAAGUGAAGGCUGCGAUAAUUCUACAUGUGACGAUCUAAACGCCAAGAGCGGAGAAAAAAAUAAAAAAUUACCAAAGACCCAAAGUGAAGGUUGCGACGAUUCUACAUGCAAAGAACUAAACCCCCAGACCGGAAAAGAUAAAAAUCUUUCAAAUACUGGAAUAACCACCUCGAGAAAGGAUGAUCCUACAUCAGAGAUGGACAGUACGUUUCCUUCUGGUUCCACCACUGAUAACCAAUUUGAUUCAAAACCUACAGAUUCCAAUGAGCCAACUUCGUCGGCUCCAACCUGUUUACUGGAUUGUCCAGCAUAUCAAAAUACGACUGGAACCGAAAGCGCCCCGGGUACCUGCUUAAACACAUGUCCCGUUCACAAAAACGCAUUUUUAAUGUCGGCUGGGCCACAUGGUACCCAGCAAGGUGAAGACGCAGUAGGUGGACCUGGCGCUCGUCAAAAUAGGAAUCUUGGUAUUUUUGAUACGCCCGCCGAUUUUCCUUUCGAAGUUCACACCGACUUGCUACCUCUUGGAGGUGAUGGGCAUCGCGACGAUUUAAAUGUAACCACGACCAUUACAGAUUCAGGAACUCUAGAGGUUAUCACAGAAGGUCCCAAUGGAAUAAUAGAAACCACUUUAGUGUACACCUCUGACGGCAACAUCGAAGUAAUAACGGAAAUUUUGGACAGUGCUAGCAUGGCUGGAUCCCUUGGUGCUGGAAAACCAAAAUAUUCUCCCUCAGGAAGAUUGUUGGGCAUAGAUGGGGUUCCGUUCAGCGAUACAUGCCCAUGCCAUGAAGCAAGAGACAAAGUCAAAAUUGCACCAAAAAGAUUAAGUCAAGACGCUAGCGUGGGAGGAAGCAAAUCCCAAAUCGAUCAUAAAGGUGUAGGUGUGAAGCCCACACGUAUUUGCGACUGCGAGGAACAAGCCGCUAUAUGCGAUGAGUUGGCGGUUCCAUCGGAACCUAAAAUUAAAGCUGUCCCCAAAGUACCAAGUGUAAUUAAGGAAGAACCUCGUAAAGUUGAAAAAAUUCCAGAAGUAGAAGUAAAGGUUGAAGAAAAAGUUCCAGAAGUAAAAGUAAAGGUUGAAGAAGUUGUUCCAGAAGUAGAAGUAAAGGUUGAAGAAGAAGUUCCAGAAGUAGAAGUAAAGGUUGAAGAAGAGGUUCCAGAAGUAGAAGAAGUAAAGGUUGAAGAAGUAAUACCAGAAGAAAUCCAGGCAGAAAUUGUAGAAAUCGUUGAACAUGCAAUAGAAGAAGUGACCAAAGUCGAACCUGCUCCUAUUGAACCUGUAAAGAAAGAACCAAGCGUAAUAGAAGAGGCUCCAAGUGAACAUAAAAGAGAACCGAGCAUUGCCGAGGUUGUACACAUAGCAAAAGAACCGAGCGAGAUUCAAAAAGUUGAAGUCGAACAGGCUGUACACGUUGCGCAUAUAGAAGAACCAAGCAAAAUUGUUGUUGAAGCACCAAAAGAAGUUAGUAGAGAACCGAGCAUUGUCAAAGAAAAACCGGUAGUGGAACCUGCUCCCGAACCAGUGGAGGUUAAAAGAGAACCUAGCAUCAUUAAAAAGGCAUCUAGUGUUAUCCAACCAGAGAUUAAGAAGGAACCAAGCGUCAUUAAAAAAGAACCAAGUGUUAUACAUAAGAUUGAGAAAGUUAGCGAGCCAGAGAUUAAGAAAGAAUCUAGCAUUAUUAAAAAAGUCUCAAGUAUUAUACCUAAGGUGGAGGAACCUGUCCCUGAGCCAGUGGAGAUUAAGAAAGAACCUAGCAUCAUAGCAAAGGAACCUAGCAUCAUAGCAAAAGAACCGAGCAUCAUAGCAAAAGAACCGAGCAUCAUAGCAAAAGAACCGAGCAUCAUAGCAAAAGAACCGAGCAUCAUUAUCGCCGAAAAAGAACCCAGUGAAAUCCACGUGGAAGAGGUACCAGAAGAAAUUAAGAAAGAACCGAGCGUUAUCGAAAAAGAGCCCAGUGUUAUACCCGAGGAGGAAAUAGUUGUCCAAGCAGAAGAGAUUAAGAAGGAAUCUAGCAUCAUCGAAAAAGAACCCAGUAUUAACCACGAGGAGGUGGUGGAACAAGUUUUCGAACCAGAACCAGUCGUUGAAAAAGAGCCGAGCGUUGAAAAGGAGCCGAGCGUUGAAAAAGCGGAACCCGUGGAGGUGAUGGAGGAACCAGAAGCAGCCCCGUCCGAAGAGGUAUUUGAAGAUGCUCAAGAAGAAGAAAAAGUGCACGUGGAAGUUGAGGCACUACCCAGCACCCAAUUAAUGUCCACGCAGACUUUAGUAGAGGAGGAAGAAGAAGUACCAGAGGAGGAAGAACAUGUUGAAGAAGUUGCGGAUGUAGCUAUUGAGGAAGAAGAAAUAUCAGCACUCGAAGAAGAUUUAUCUGCAACGGAAACGGAUGUUGAGGUUGUCGCUAAAGAAAGUGAAGCGGAAGCGCCUACAGAAGAAUUCGAACCAACUGAAGAAAUCGAAGAGUUUAAAGACGAAGGUGAGGAUCGUGAUGAUGAAGGAGCAGCCGCUUUGGCGGUUACUGUAGAAGCGGAAGAAGAUGAAGAAACUAUUGAUUACGGUUUCGAUGAAGGAGAAAUGGGCGAAGAAACUGAAUAUAUUGAAGAAUUGGGCCCUGUAUUUGAUAUAACGAGCGAGGAGGGUUAUUUGGACGAUACGACUUUACCGGAGGAUGAAGGGGAGUUUGAAGAAGAAAUCUCCACGAUACCUUCGGUGACAGGAGAAAGCUUGGACCAAGGGGAUGUCGUAAUAACCGAGGUUGUUGAAAAGAAGAAGGUCUGCGCGGCAGUACAGGCUCGAUUGGAGGAGGCGGCCGAGAAACGUCAAGUAAGAGACAGCGUCUGUCAAUCGACAGCGAAAUUUGAUCAAUCUCUUCAAUGUCGCGAAUGUAGGAACAUUGGUGUGUCCACACCGCGCAUCACAGAAACCGCCACAGAAAUGCGCAGCGAACAACAACCGCAAAAAUUAACCGCUAAGGAUUUGGUGGAAUGCGCCGCUUAUAAGUCGCUAAUUACUGACACAGAUACCACGACCAAGACUAAAGGAAAAAUAUGCUACUCAUCAACAUCAGCUACUGAUAAUGAAUUAGAUAAUUCAGAACUUAAAGGUAUUCUAAACGAAAUAGCAUAUGAUAUAAUGGCAUGUUCUGGAAAAUCUUCAAGAGAGAGCUCAAAAGCAAGCACUCAAACUAAGCCUCUACCAUGUGGCGCCAAAUCAUCAGCACCUAAAUUUACCAUGGGCAUUAAGGAUAAUAUAUUAAAACCCAAGAAAGUGUGUCUGCCAAAAUCUUCGAUUCCGAUUCCAAUUAAAUUAUUGACAGAAGUUUCUUGCACGGCCGAAUUUAAAGAAUUUAGAAAUAGUGAAACUCAACCCUGUGAACCUGUUUCCGAACGUAAAGUUUGCAGUAGUCGAAAAGUGCCCAAGAAGAUUUGCGCAAAGAAGAGAAGGAAGAGUAGAGACAGUUGCACGCAGGACGACUACUCCGACAAAGCUUGUGCAUCGUCAAACCUAACAGGAGAUCAAAAAACCGAUGUUGACGAUUUAGAAACGUAUCCAAAAAUGAAAUCUCGUUCAGUUGGCAGUAAAAAGAAGAGGAGGUCUAAAAAAGUUAAGGAAAGUCAGUCGCAAACCCCGUGCAAAAAGUCCGAGAUCGUGGUGGAUAGGAGAAGAACGACAAGCGAACCUAAAACAGACAAGAAUUGCGUUUGUGUUGGCGUUUGCGUGUGCAAGCCUCGCCCGUGUGAUGACGAACCCGCCGAGGACGAGAAAUGCUUUAGCAAAGACUGUCAGUGUUCCUCGUGUAGUGCUGUAAGAAAGUCCAAAGGCUCGACGAGGUUGGCCAAACGACCGCCGCUAGAGGAGUGCAGGGAGCCUCAUCCACCCGAAUGCGACUGCUUGGAAUGCAUAUGCGCCCCGUGCAACGAUAAACAAAUUUUGGAGAAAGUGAUGGAGGAGGUGUCGAAGAAAUGCGGCGCCAAAGUGAUUAAGAAACCUCGUCAAAAGUCGUACUCCGAGAUACAUUCGAAAAAGAAGCCGCACGAGGAUGACUGCUCGUGUUUGGACUGCUUGUGUAUGCCGGUCGUGCAAAAGCUGGCGCAGACGAAGGAGUAUCCGUUGCCUGGGAAGAAUCAGGUGUACCACGUGCUGACGGUGCGGUGCGCGUGUUCGAAGGGCUCCUCCAAGAUCCCGAUUGCUUUGAAUACGCGGUCGCCGCCGAACCCGCAGCGACCGUGCGAUUGUGAAGUAUGCAAGUGCGACCCAUGCAAAGAUCCAAAAAAGCAGAACAGAGAGUGCGAUUGCACGCCGAAAUGCGAAUGCGAAGAUUGCAAAAACAAAAAAGAACCCGAACCGGAGAAUAACGACAAGGUGUGUUCUUGCGGCGAGUGCGAGUGCAAACCGGUCUGUCCGAUAUUGUCGCCGACCAGUAAACCCGAAGAUGGCGCUAAAGACCACGCGAAAUCGUGCACGUGCAUUCAGUGCCUGUGCGAGGAAUGCGUCAACAUAAUUUUGCCGGAACCACAAGGACCGCUGAAACUGAACGAAAGAGGGCAUCCGAUUGAUUGCGAUUGCGACGAGUGCAAGUGCCUGAAAGCGCUGCCCGUCAUCCAUCCGCCCGACUGCGACUGCCCAAAGUGCGCCUGCGAUUUGCUCGGCGAGUUUCAGCAGGCGGCCGCCGGCCCCCAUCCGAGAGACUGCGACUGCACGUUGUGCGCGUGCGUGGGCCUGGCCGACUUUCAGAAGGAGCACGCCAAGUCGUGCGAUUGCCCGGAAUGCAAGUGCCAACCGUGCGUGUACAAAACGCAGCAGACUUUCAGAGCGGUCGGUUGCACUUGCAGCAUCUGCUCUUGCGACGAUUGCACCGAUGUAACGAAGAAGAAAGAGGGCAAGUGCACGUGCAAAGUGUGCAUGUGCACUCCGGACGAUUCUUGUUUGAAAAGGAAAGCGGCCGCUGCAGCUGCCGAAGCGUCCGGUUGCACGUGCGACGAGUGCAAAUGCUUGCCGGACGCGAAGUGCAAACAGGACGAGGAGGAGAUCGUGCCUUGCGACUGCACGCCCGAAUGCAAGUGCGACGAGUGCGCCGACCCGGCAAUAUCGGCGGUGCCGUGCGAUUGCACCCCUGUUUGCGGAUGCGCAGAAUGCGCCGAUCCGAACAAGGCGACGGGCGAAGGAGAUUGCGACUGCAACAUAUGCCAGUGCGAAGAAGAAGAUGGCGACAAGGGCAAGGAAAAGGACAAGGAUGAGGACAAGACGGCGGAGAUUACGAAAAAGCCGGAAGGAGGGUGCGAUUGCGACAUUUGCAAGUGCGAGGAGGAAGAGUCGAAGGAGAAGGCGAAAAAGCCGGAGGGAGAGUGCGAUUGCGACGUGUGCAAAUGCGACGAAGAAGCUAGUGGUGGGCAGGCGCCGUGCGGCACUCCGAAUUGCACCUGUCCGGUGUGCGAGUGCCUGAAGACGAUCGUCGAGGCGAAAAAAGACGUAACUUCUGGAUUAUCGCCUCUUUGUACCUGUACUAUAUGUGCUUGUUUACCAGGUGGGGAUCAACUGCCAAAGGUAGAUAAGCAGACUCACGGAAUGGACUGUACGUGUGAUGCGUGCAUUUGCCAGCCGGCAGACAGCAGCGGCGGAGAAGAGAAAACGUCGCCCAGUAAGUGCGGUAUACCGGAGUGUCAUUGUGACGAGUGCGUGUGUCCCACGGGAAUGGCAGAAGAAGAUAAAAAAGAAAGUCCUUGCGGAUCGCCGAACUGCAUUUGCGCGAAAUGCGAGUGCGUUGGUGCGGCAGGCGAUCAAGAACAGGCCGCUGCCGGCCCGAGAUGCGGCAUUUCGACGUGCAAGUGUACGGAUUGCUGUUGCCCUGUCCUCGAAGAGGGCGGAGGAGGUGGAGCUCAGGAUGUUAAAGAUGCCAAUGGAGCUCAGGAUGCUAAAGAUGCCAAUACGGACGCUUCAAAAGCAACUAUCGAUAUGAGCCAAACUUCCCCAAGCAAGCUGUUCGCUUGCACUUGUCCUAUUUGCAAAUGCGAGCAAGGGAAUAAAAAUAAUGGGGACAAAGGUUCACCAAGCGAUGAACCAAAAGACGGCAAAGGGCCGUGUCCCAAUUGCAACUGCUCUUCCUGCAAAUGCGAAGAGGCCAUCAAAACAGAUGGCGAUAAAGGAACAACGGACGCUUCAAACGUAACUAUCGAUAUGAGCAAAACUUCCCCGAGCAAAUUGUUUUCUUGCACUUGCGCACAAUGCAAAUGUGAGCAAGAAAAGAAACAGGAUGAAGACAAGAGUUCACCAAGCGGUGCCGGGCCCUGCCCGAACUGCAACUGCUCUCCCUGCCAAUGCGAACAGACCAUCAAAACAGGUGGUGACAAAGAAGAAGGAGGACCUCCUGGAUGUAUUUGUGACACAUGCAAAUGCGCUGAUUGUAUGCAUAAAGCAGGCGGCGGCAACAAAGAGGAGACUAAAGAUGCUGGCGUAGGACCUUGUCCCAAUUGCAGUUGUUGUCCUUGCAAAUGCGAAAAAGACCAAGACAAAGUGAAAGAUGCGCAAAGUGGACCUGGUCCCUGCCCCAACUGUGGUUGUUCGCCGUGCCUAUGCGAGGCUGAAAAAAAAGAGGAGAAAGGCGGUGCAAAAGAGGACAAAAAGGAUGCAAGCAUGGUCACCGGCACUGCUGCGGACGGAACUUGCUCUUGCAUCAAAUGCGAAUGCGAUGUUUGUAAGGGGAAAGGAGCGGGUCCUGUAGAUGUUAAAAAGGAAGAGGAAGGCAAAGGACAGUGCCCAAAUUGCAAGUGCUCUCCUUGCAAGUGCGAGGGUAGCGGUGAGGGCCCCAAGGCUGCCAAAGGUACUGGCCCUUGUCCGAAUUGCGGUUGCAAUAUUUGCCAAUGCAAUGGUAAAGGUGGCGCGGGAGGAGACCCGCCCCCCUUCGAAUUACCUGUGCGGAAAAAGUGCGAGUGCACCACCUGCGACUGCAUCAUUUGCCAGGACAAGAACAAGGGUGGCGAUAAUAAGGGUGGCGAUGAUAAUUGCGGAAAUGAAGGUGAAGCACCUCCAUUCGAAAUACCGACAAGAGAAGAGUGCAAAUGCUCGCCUUGUGCGUGCGCACAAUGCAACAAAAGCCCUCCCCCAGUUAUCAAAGAAAAAAAGGAAAAUAAAUGCAAGGACGACAAAAAAACAACAAAAUCGAAAAACAAAUGCAAAGAUGACAUAAGCAGGUACGAUGACAGGACUUUAAGAGAAAAAAUCGCUUCGGACAAACAAGAAUCCUGCAAAUGUAAGCAGGAAAUCGAGGAAAUACGGAAAACUUUGGAUAACAUUCGGUGUUCUUGCACCGAAGCGGAGCUCAAGGCGAUGCAGAAUAAACCGUUUGUAAAAACAGCAUCGAGUUUCGGCGACACCAUGUCCGGACUUAAAAUGGCUUUGACAAACUUGGAGGAGAAAUGCAAAGCCAAGGAUAAAAUGAUCGACGCAAUGACGGGGGAGUUAAAAUCCCGCGCAGGAGACAAGUACGUUGAUAAACUGCUGAAGAAGAAAAUAGACUGUGGAAAAGAAGUGCCAGAUUACGAUAAGGCUAAAGAAACCACCUCCAAGGGCGGCGACUGUGGGGAAGAUUCUUCAAAGAAGAAGGAAAAAAGAGAAAAAUCAAAGGAUAAAAAGAAGAAGAGCUCAAAAUCCAAGGAAAUGUCUGGAUUUGAAGUCAUCGACAUCCGUCGGAUAACAAACGACAGCAUAAUCGUCAAAUGGAGUCCUCCAUCUUCGUCGAAAAUCCUCGGCUACGAUAUUUUCGUGAACGGAGUUUUAAAGUCGAAAGUUAUGAGCGGCGAAAGGACGAGCGCCAUGAUUCACUGUCUUGAUUUGAGCAGCACAAUUCAGAUCACGAUCUACGCGGUAUCCAAGUGUGGACGCAGCGAACCACCGGCCAUUGCAAUUUACGAGAUUUGUACAAAAUAAUUGUAUAUGUAAUUGCGUAUAAUAAAGAAAUCCUCAUUCGCAAAAAUUAG